CUCGUCGAAUUGGAAGAGCUAGCCUGAUUCUUGUAAUCUACACCUUUUUUUUCUUCCUUACAAUGGAAUUUGAAAUAUCGAUUAAAAAAUUUGAACAGUUUUGACCAGAAACACGCAAAAUUCAAUAAAAAAUAAAUCAUUUCAUCACGGGACAAUACUGAAAUUUGAAGUUGUGUUUCUUAACAGCGUGGGAUUUGAACUCCCGAUCUUAGUGAAAUAUGUAGUACAAUUCUAGCGAAACCCUUACCCAUCCGCUAUUUUGGAGACUUUUAUAGUGAUUUGUAAAUUUUCGCUCCAAAUUUAGCGGGCAUUGACGACUUUGGGAUUUUUAAUGCAACUCCCAUGGCCUCGGAGGUGCUGCUGUGGCUCUUCGCAUUUUUCGUCUUGGUUGCCCUUCUCUGCAUUGUGGUUUACCAGCUGUUGAGCUUGUCCGACUUAGAGACUGAUUAUAUCAAUCCUUAUGAUUCGUCAUCUCGUGUGAAUUAUCUUGUAAUCCCAGAGUUUGCGAUUCAAGGAGGCUUGUGCUUACUUUUCCUUUUCACUGGGCAUUGGGUUAUGUUCCUUUUAUCUGUACCACUUGUAGGUUACCAUCUGCAAUUGUAUAAUAGUGGGAAGCAUUUACUUGAUGUUACAGAAAUUUUUAAUCAGCUCAAUGGCGAGAAAAAAUACCGUAUGAUCAAGCUUGGCUAUUAUCUCACUCUUUUCUGUGUUGUUAUCUACAGGCUGCUUUAUGCUGUAAUUGAAGAAGAUUAUUGAAUGAUGCAGUUCUCUACUCAGUCAUGUUUUUAAAUCGUGAAUGGUGUAAUAUUUUCUCUUUAGAACUGAGUCUUCCCACACACCUCUACUGUGAGGUCACGGCUAAAAUCUGGCUAUGUUUUGGUUCAAUAAUUAUGAAAACAUUAGCCUGCACCUUUGAUGAAUCUGUUCUAUGACAGACAAGUUUAAUGCUAUCUAAAGUUGCAAUCUCAUUUUACUUCCCUUUCUAUAGCCAAAACUUUGUAUCUUUAGAGUCAAUAUUAUCAGCUUUACAAGAGUAUUUUGUGUGUUAAUGUUGACAGAUAAAGGAUAAUUAACUCCAACUAGCUAUAUCUGCGGAUGAUUUUCAGCUUGGAUCCAAAAGUAUUCUGAUCUGAAUAUUACCAUCUUUGAAAGUAUAACAAAAUGUCAAAAACAUAUGCAUACUAAA